CGUCCGUCAACAAGUCCACGUUCACGAGCUUGUACUAUAGUGUGUGAGAAAUUAUGCGGACACAUCCUUCAAAGACGGCAACUGCAAGUGGCAAAAAUCUGCAUCUGCGACCUGCAUUUGUCCAAGUGAAUAUUCCAGGUUUCGCGUAAACAACAAUGCACCGAUGCAUCGAUGUGGGGGACACGUCGCAGCAUUGCCAUUUGCAAAUGUUGCUGUAACAACGUCAAGAAGAUGCACCUUAUGUGUAGAGGGAGGUAAUCAUUGAGCAUAUAUAUGUAUGGUGUGUAUAUUUCCACUAUAAAUACUGGAAGCUGUUAUAAUCAGUGCUGCUGCCUGUCAUUUUGUGUGUGGGAUAAACAUGGAUUGGCUAAGGGUAGCACUGCUAAGUGUAUGCGUCUACACGACGUAUGGAAAACCUCAAGGAAGUCCCCAGGAAAUCAAAAUCAUUAGUCAAACAAACGAAAUUGGUGCAGAUGGUGGUUAUAAAUGGAGCUAUGAAACAGAGAACGGGAUCAAGGCCGACGAAACAGGCACCAUCAAGAAAACCAGCGACGCCGAAAACCCAGAAGUGAUCGUAGCUCAAGGAUCCUACUCCUACACAGACAAGGAAGGCAACCAGAUAUCUUUAACCUACGUAGCAGACGACGAGGGUGGGUUCCAACCACAAGGGGCGCAUCUACCCACACCACCACCGAUCCCUCCAAAUAUCCAGAAGGCCUUGGACUGGAUCGCUUCUCAACCAUCUACGACGGAAAAGGCGGGACGAAGAAGACGGAAAUAGAUAAAGACGGAAAGUUUAGAGCCCAAACACAGGUUGCCAAUUGCUCAAUACUUGGUUAAUACAUCUGGUAUGCAAGAAGUAGCGCGAAAGUAUGUUUAAAUAAUAGAAUAGGUAAUUUGAGAAAAAGGGAAACGAAAAGAGAAGAAAUGAAGCUCUGUUGCUUUUCACUACACACAACCAAUUGGGAGCCUGAGCGAGGCAGCGAUGCAAAGAGACAUGUCUCAUGAUCUUUUAUAUACUUCCCAAAUACGUUUGAGCUAUUUCUUGCCUAGUGUGUUAAGGUCCUUAUCCAUUAUGCUGUAUCAUACUAGUAUCAUACCAGGAUCCUACUAUGGAUCUUAGUCAUCAUGUUACGUAUAGUAAGAGCCGGGUUUCAGUGCAACUGCCUGACUUUGACAGUUCUAGUGUAUAUUCUCCACUAGAUCUCAUUGGUCAGCUAGAAAUGAGAAAGAGAUCAGGGUCGGGUAACAGCGCAUAGUGGUACAUGCAACGGUUGGAGAUAUGAUCCAGCCCAUUUUGGGACAGAUGUUGUAUGGAGGAUCUGUCGACGAAUUUGGCUAGAGCUGUUGAUUCUCAACAAGCACUCACACGCAGCGACUUUUGAAUGUUGCUACCGUACCGUUGACAGCUCUGUCGUUUCAGUUGAUUGACGGACUCGAUCAAUUUUUGAUACUUUAUAAUUAAAAAAUAAUCUUAAACCGUGAUUAGUAACUCGGUAGCAUGCUGAUGAGGAAAAAUGUCAGAACCUAUUCCUCACCAGCAAAAUACGCUAUGCGCAGAACACGCUCUGGUGUAGUGGGCAUUGCCUCAUAUGAUAACACGCAAAGGAUACUGGUCGGACCGGAUACAAUCCUAGUAUGACACGGAACAAUGGGUAUGGACCUUUAGUCAGGUAUUACUGCGGUAUUAACGUGUGUUCGGGCUCGCACGGUCUCGCUGUGACAACCUCCAAAUUGACUCUGUGAUACUCUCAACUUGACACAUGCUAUACGAAAUAUGGCGAACGAUUUAUGUUAUACACUGGUCUCCUUAUUAUUUAUACACUCUGUAUGAUAUGUAAUAUAGAAGCUUUGUAUUCUGCAAUCAGAA